AUGCAACAAGAAGACGGCUCAGUCACAGUUUGAAGGAGUGUCGUCGAGUCGUCGAGGCGGAGUGAGUGUGUCUGCUUGUGGGUUGUCUGGAGGAAUUUUGGAGCACCGAAUUGUGGGACUUGAUCGAGCGUUUGCCGUGCCUUAACCAUGUCCUCGACCAUCGAGAAGAACGAGUACCCGAAGGCAUCGAAUGCCUUGGUACUCGGAGCCAUCCUGUCCUAUGUGGCGUCGAUCUUCCUGAUGAUGAGCUUCUGCUCGCCGUACUGGAUCGAAUCGUACUCGGAAUCUUUCAGUAGCUUCAAGAACAUGGGACUUUGGGAGUACUGCUUCAAGGACUUUACCUAUCCGUACUAUCAGUACCCGCGGCUGUUCAACGGAUGUCACCAUAUCUUCAGCGAGGAGUACUACGUGAUCCGCGAGUACCUGCUGCCGGCCUGGUUGAUGGUCGUGCAGGGCUUCGUGACGAUGGCCUUCCUGCUCACGUUCGGCUCGUUGAUCAUCAUGGCCUGCGAGCUGGUGCGAUGGCCGCUGAAGCUGGUGCUGCGGUACGAGUGGAUGCUGACCACGGUUUCGUUUGUGGGCGUUGCGUCGUCAUCAUUCUUCAUGUUCUUAGCGGUUGCCAUCUUCGGUGGAAACGCCUACCGUCGCGAUUGGCUGAUGUACCCCAAGUUCAACGUGCUUUCGUGGUCGUACGCCCUGGCCGUGGUAUCGUUCAUGAUCCUGGGACUGGCCGCCCUGCUGCUGUACCGGGAAGCUAAGAAAUCCUACGAACUUCGCCGGGAAGCUAAAAAUCUGGUAAUGCAGAUGCAGAUGCACGAACCGGGCUACCACCCGUCGCACCACACCAGCCGAAGCCUGCACAGUGGCGGAUACAUAUAAACUGUUUUGUCCUGCAGGAUCAGUCUAAUCUUACUCUUUAUGUAACAAUGCUAAUCGCUGACCAUUUCAGCAAAGGAAAUAAUUAUCAAAUUACGCAUACAACGGUAGAUGUGCUUCGAGAAACACACACACAAACACAAAAACAAAUGAACACACAAUCUCACAAUCAUUAACUGUAAAAGACACGCAAAUUGCACGCAGGGAACCAAAAGAAGCAAGCAAAAAUCGCCCAAGUCUCCUCGGCAGCACCAGAAGCAGCAGGUUGAUAUUCCAAUCAGAACUUCUUCCAUCACCUUUAUCACUAUUAUACAAGGAAGGACCAAUCCAACCACAGUGCCGCUGGCGCUCGCGAGGGGACGUAAAACACUGCACUAAAUGUGGCCUUAGACAAACAAAAAAAAACAUCUUUGGACGCGAGGUUAAUUAAUACUUCGUCCUGUUUUUAAUGUUCGCCAAGCGUAAAACCAGAGGGAAACUUCGAACUUUUCCAAUUUUACUACACUAUACAUUUACAACAUAUACUAAAACAUGAAAUCAAUUUCCACAGGAAAAAAACACACAAAACAAAUCCAAUUAGUAGUUUUGUAGUCAUUUUCGGUAGAUUUACGACGUGCCCUUCCGGGUUGCGUCACAUAUCCGUAAAAAAUCGUACUUUAUUAGCAAUCUUUGGCGUUCGAUUUGCAAUACGUUCUAUUCUAACUGAUAGGUUUUUAUUUUGAGUCAUCUCGCACGACAUUCCGUCCUUUUUUAAA